AUGGCGACCAACAGCCCAACAGAGGCCAUACUACUAGUGCCAUUACGUCCGCCUUACCACUGCCCUGCCUGCCUCCCUGUCUACCGUGACUACGUGGAUCAUGGGGGCCUCGCCCGUCACAUUAGACGCAACCACGGCGGUCGCCUUCUGUUCGAGUGCCGAGCGUGCCAUGUCCGCUCUGAAAAGCUGAAAGAAGUGAAACUACACCAAGCCAAAUCAGCUACGUGCUCAGCGCAACUCCCAUCUAUGUCGCCUGAGAGCACGGCCAGAGAUCCCAAACCACGCCCACGGGUCCCCACAGGGCCCAGGAAGACGAGGCGCCAGACCUAUGGAGUGGACGAGGACUACUUGGCCUCCCAAGCUAUCACUGAAAACGGUGAUCCUACCGGCCAACCAACAACCUCUGAUGCUGCAGCCAGCCCAGCAGCUCAACCACCCACCUACGCCAGCGUAACAGCCUCCACACCACCUACGAGAAUUAACAACUGGUCCAUAGGCCCACCUCAGCCGACCAAUAACGACUCUCCGCCGCCGCUGAUAAGACGCCCACGCCGCUCCAGACGUCGACAGGUAAGCAGCCCUCCCAACACCAACAGCCCUGCAGAACCGAUCCCGGCUACCCCAGGCAACUCUACCAGUGGGAACAUCACCCCUCCACCAAGCCAGCCACGUGACCACCAGCCGACAAACCUUCCAGCCCACAACGAUGGUACACCUCAGCCUAGUGUGCAACCGGUCCAGCCACCAUCACCAGACGCCGACGACACUGCACUACCAGCAUGGGUCGUCGCCUGGAAGGAAAGGUUCAACUGCGCGCUUGAUGUGGACAUGCUGGAGGUAAUGGUAGAAGACCUCACUCAUCUCGCCAAAAGCAUGGCCCCACAACCGCCCGCUAGACCUCCACGCCACCAACACCAGCAACGCCAACCAAGACCCCGGCACGGCCACAGGUACGAUGCAGCAGAAGCCAGCCGCCUGCAGCGCCUCUACCGGGCCAACAAAGCCAAGGCCUUCAGCGAGAUAACACGCGGCCCAAGCCGUUUCUGCAACAUCGGCAGGCAGGACCUAGAGGACCAUUUCAGAAGUAUCAACACCCACCACCUGACAUCGCCUGAACCACUGACAACCUUUUUACCUCCAGGUCCACAACCCGAUGAUGACAACCCACUCUGCACCACCUUCUCACCAUCUGAAGUGGCCAGCAGACUUGCUAAAUGCCACAACACCGCCCCGGGACCCGAUGGUAUCAAGUACUACAUCUGGCGUCGCCUCGACCCACAGGGGCACAUUCUCUCCGCACUUUUCAAUGCAGUGCAGAGAAUCGGCGCUGUACCUAGCUCAUGGAAGACAUCCACAACCAUACUUCUCCACAAAAAGGGCGACCGCAAUAACAUCAACAACUGGAGACCGAUCGCCCUUGCCAACACACUAGGUAAGGUAUACUCCGCAUGCAUAGCAAGCCGGCUCCUCCGCUGGUGCGAAGCCAACAAGGUAAUCUCCACCAGCCAAAAGGGAUUUAUGCACUUUGAAGGAUGCUCAGAGCAUUCCUUCACUUUACAAUCCAUUAUACAGGAUGCACGACGAAAAAACAAGGGGUGCCAUGUGGCAUGGCUGGACCUGGCCAAUGCCUUUGGGUCUGUACCCCACAGCACCAUCCUCGCCUGCCUGCAGUGGAGUGGCCUCGGCGAACCAUCCACUCAGUGCAUAAAAACCCUCCUCGACGACUGUCACACACGUAUUCGAUCCAACACUGGCCUCACGGACCCAAUUCCUGUCAGCGCUGGGGUUAAGCAGGGCUGCCCCCUCAGCCCCAUCAUAUUCAACCUGGUUGUAGAACCAGCACUCCGCCUUGUGACCAACCUCAACAAGGGGUACCAUCUCCAUGGUCAACAGAUAUCCAUCCUCGCCUAUGCGGAUGAUAUCACUAUCGUCAGCAGCACCGUCGACGGCCUUCAAGCACAAUUGGACCUUCUUGCCACAUGGGCUAAUAAAUGCGGACUACGGUUCAACCCUGCGAAGUGCGCAGCCCUCUCGGUCACCGGAAAAUACAACUGUGACGACGGCAACCGCUUCAAUCUUCAGGGCACGGACAUCCCACAACUCCAAAAGAAGGACAGCUACCAUCAUCUAGGCAUCCCGACCGGCUUCACCCUCGAAAAGUCGGCCGAAGCUGUCAUCGAGAACAUCCACAAAGACCUCAAACACAUAGACAACUCUCUUCUGGCUCCCUGGCAGAAGAUCAACUGUGUAAGUACUUUUCUCCUUUCUAGGUUGACCUUCCACCUCUCGCUGGGUAAAGUCCAAAAGAAACCCCUCAACAAUUUGGACAGAGCCAUCAAAAGACUCAUCAAAAAAUGGAUGAACCUCCCACAGCGCGCCAGCACAGAGAUAAUCCACAUGCCGCAUGCCCAAGGAGGGGCCAACAUCACUCCAUGCGGCAUCCUGGCCGAUGUGGCGCAGGUAAGCCAUGCAAUCAACCUCCUACAAUCCAGGGACCCCACCGUUGCCAGCCUCGCCACAAAAACACUACAGCUCGUGGUCGAAAGACGCAUCAAACGCCAACCCACUAACAUCGACCUAUGUAAGUACCUUGCAGGCUCCAUGGAGGGCGAAUUUGGAUUCGACCCGUACGACAUCCCGUCCACAUGGACCCGUUUAAGGAUGGCCACCCGGCGUCUGAACUCACACAUCAACCUCGAAUGGCAAGCAGUAGGAGACGACACUAUCACUCCUACGAUCGACGGAAAGCCACUUACCAAGACAACCGCGAUGAAAUCCAUCUCAACUGCGGUUAAGGCAUCCUUCCUUACAUCCUUGCUACGAAAACCCGAUCAAGGUAAGACUUUCAAACUAAUUGCAGGGGCACCGUGCAGCAACCACUUCCUCCACGAUGGCAAUUACACCAGGUUUGCUGACUGGCGCUUUAUCCACCGUGCACGCCUGAGUGUAGUACCUCUACGUGGCCUCAGACGGUUCGGGAACGCCAGCCAGACCUGCAGGAGAUGCCAACGACAUCGGGAGACCCUGGCGCACGUGAUAAAUCACUGCCCCCCUAACCUCGCCAUGAUCACCAAACGCCACAAUGCGAUUCUUACAAGACUCUACAACGCCUUCGAUCGCAAGGGACUAAAGGUAUACGUCAAUCAACAGGUCCCAGGUUACCCACACAAUUGUCGGCCGGACCUUGUUGUAAUCAACGAGCACCCUAAGACUGUCACCAUAAUAGACGUUGCAACGCCAUUCGAAAAUGGCGAAGAGGCGUUCAACCAGGCUCGAUCGGAGAAAACCAUGAAAUAUGCCGACCUAGCAGACUACUUUAAACACCAAGGGUACGACACCUUCCUGGACGCCUUUAUUAUAGGAGCCCUUGGCGGCUACGACCCGGCGAACGAACGUACUCUGCAACGUCUAGGAGUCUCACGCAACUACUCCAAANUUUCCUGA